UUUGUGUCAGUUUUUUUCAGACAGCACAAAUUGUUUUACGUAGGUAUCGGUUUGUUUGGCUGAGAAAAAAUUAAAUUCUUUAUUAUAAAGUACAACACAAAAUAGUCGUAGAUUGAUCAUACGUGAUAUGUGUUUAUUGAAAACCUAUUCGGUGGCCAAAUGGGUAGUGAACUGAACAUCGCGACAACGGAGACCAGGUUCACCGAAAACUAUUUGUUAUGCCAAGAAUCUUUCUGCCAUGUUUCCUUUGGACUAAAUAUAUUUUGCCAAUCAUUUAUCAUGUCAUUAUCGGCAUCUUGAGUGUAGUAAGCAGGACAUGGAUCGGAUGUAUUUUAUCCUUUGUCUGGAAUUGGACAGGUGGAUGGUUCAGCUGGACUCGACAGUCAGAUGAAAUGCUAAGGAACGUUGAGAAAAAAAUAUUAUCAUGUUUAAAGACGGCGUACAAGCGUUUCUACGUGGACAUCGGUUCGGUGGUGGGCCAGAGCGACAAGAUCUGGACCAUAUCCCUCAACGAGGAGUCCCCCAAGACGCCCCUAGUGCUCCUGCACGGCAUGGGCGCGGGGCUAGCGCUCUGGUGCCCCAAUCUCGACGCCUUUGCCGCCACGCGCCCUGUCUACGCCAUUGACUUGCUAGGCUUCGGCCGCAGUUCCCGUCCAAAGUUCGGCAAAGACGCGGACAAGGUGGAGGAACAGUGGGUCGAGUCGGUCGAGGAGUGGCGGCGCGAGGUGAACCUGAACCAGAUCAUACUGCUGGGCCACAGCCUCGGCGGCUACAUCGCCACCGCUUAUGCCUUGAAAUACCCUGACAGGGUACGGCACCUGAUACUCGCCGACCCGUGGGGCUUCCCCGAGCGGCCUGCAGACAUAUACGAGAAGUUCCAAGUGCCUUUCUGGGUGAAGGCAGUGGCCGUUGCUGUCCAGCCUCUAAACCCGCUGUGGCCGGUGCGCGCUGCAGGACCUGCAGGCAAGUGGCUGGUCAGCAAGACCAGGCCGGACAUAUCCAGGAAGUACGUCAGCUACGUGAAGGAUGCAGAGACGAUUAUACCGGAGUAUAUAUAUCAGUGUAACUCGCAGACGCCUAGCGGUGAGAGCGCGUUCCACACACUGAUGCACGGUUUCGGGUGGGCCAAGAACCCGAUGGUGCGCCGCCUGGACAAGCUGCAGCCGACGCUGCCCAUCACCGUGCUGUACGGCUCCCGCUCCUGGGUCGACAACAGCACCGGCCAGGUGCUGUGCGAACACAGGAAGUCCAGGAACACGUAUGUGCAGGCGAUAAACGGCGCCGGGCACCACGUGUACCUGGAUAAGCCGGAUCUCUUCAACAAGUUCGUUCUGGAAGCGUGCGCCAUAGCCGACAACAACGAGCAGACCCCGAAUAGUGGCGAACCGGAGGCGACCGCCGAAUCUGCCGCGUCCUGAUAGCAACGUUACCAUCAUUAGUACACUUCUCAGCUUCAAGGCUUCCGUGAUUUGCGAUUCGGCCACCGAAAUUGCUAGUUCCAAAGAUUUAUUUACUUAAUGACUGUUCGGAUUAAUGUUUGUUCCUACAUCAAGGCCGUGGUAGUACCUUGGUUCUUCAAGGGUUAAAAAAUGACGAUGCAUACAUUUUAUAGGACUCGAUCACAUACAUCUAUGCUCAUGCCGGAACGGAGUUUCAAGAUAAUCGACGAAGAUACUGCUGCCAUCUGUUACGUUUGGAUAGAACUACUUCUGUCGAACCUGUCAUGACGAUCCUGCCACGUCCCUAAUGUGUUUGUGAUAGACCUUAGCGCGAUUGGCUACUAGACUGGGUAUUAAAAUAAAAUGCACAUAGGUAUUUAAAUAACCAAAUACUUAAAUGUCACUUUAAAUAAUCAGUUUCAUUAAUUACAAGCUUUACUAUUUUCUCGGUCUCAUUAAAGUAUAUUGGAAAUGCUUUUUGACUCCAAUUCGCGACGUCACAAUACAUCACUGUCAUACAAGCUCAAUAUAAAAUGUUUUUGAAAUUAGAAAAGAGUAUCUGAUUUGACUAGUUGAAAAGUAGCCAAUUACAAAAGUCCUAUUUCAGAUUCGGAAAUGUGGGUUUACUGGAAUGCUCACGUAAUUGUCAAAAUGUCGUAACAAUAGUAAAUUAUUAUUUAUUUAUUUAUAUAGUUAGUAUAAUUUUAAUUCGUAACAUUUCUUUUAAAACGGGAACUUACAAAAGCUUGCAAUUUCAAUUGUUGAUUGCGAUAUCACAAGCUAAUUUGGAUCGAAUUUAAAAUUUAUUAGGGUUCUUGUGUCCGUACAAUGCAAAACCCUUUAUUGCACGUAAGACGAUAUAUACUAUAUUUUAAACUUAUAUAUUUAUUCUUAUUUGGGGCCAUUUGAUGUAAAAUUAAUAUUACCGUAUAAAUUAUAUACGUAUUGCAAAUGUUAAUUUAAGUAGUGAAUUCGACCGAAUCGGAAAUGCCUAAUUUUAUUAUUAAGAUGGCCUCAAAACGAGACGAUUAGUGAAAAACAUGUUGUGUAAUUUGAACUGAAAAUAGACAACUGCCAUUUUAAUUGACCAUGACUCAUAUUAAAAACGCACAAUUAAAGGUAUAAUAGGGCUGCCACCGUAUUUAACUGUACCAUAUUACGUGAAUAGCACAUUUGAUCUUUAAGUGUCCGAAAUAAAUGAGUUUUAUUUAUUUAUAAACUAACCGGUCUAUAAAGACAAAAAAUCUUGUCACUAGAAGUUAUGGCAACCCUAUCUAUAACCAUUUUUUGCAUGGUAAUUUAGUGUUUGUACCUUAAUUUGUACCUGGUGUUACUUUGGGUAUUACUGUCCAAAGAAAUUAUAUAGGUAUCUUGAGAAUUUAUCUUCAUUAUUUAAAAACAGGUUACGGGUAAGUUUCUAAAUAGAUUUCUUUAUGAAUCGUUAAGUUUUAAAAUUGUGCACUAUGCUGCGUCCACACCUAUGAGUUGUGAUGUUUGUGGCCAAAAUUAAAUUAUUGCUAUCUCUUUCGCUUACUAUGAAAGCGACAAGGUACGCAAUAGUGACAUGCUUCGUGGUUUGUGUGGGCGCAACAUUGCAGAACUAUUUGUUUUUUCAUAAAAAAUAAAAUGUAUUAAUUUUGUAUUAUCCCAGGAGAGUAUACUAAAGAACUACAUUUUAGUUGUUGUUUGAGAUGUUGUAGAUAUUUAGUAUUUUUACAUUAUUUUUGAAAACUUAUUUUUCUGUUUGAGUUAAUUGAUAAAUUAAUGUGCCUUACUAUUAUUUGAAGCCAUAUUAUAAACAUAAAUAAUUAUAUUUUAAUCCUGCAUUCCAUACUCGUAUAUUUCCUAACUAAAGACUAUCUACAGAUUCCUACACAUUUGGAUAUAGAUUUUUAUUUACUUUCGCACAAAUAUUUGUAUGUUACUGCUACACUCUGGUUAAUAUAAAGCUAUAAUUGACAUUUUGUUCAAGUUUUAUCUUCUUGUACUGCAUUGUAGACUUCAUUUUUAAAACCUGUUGUAAAUCUUAGUUCUUGUGAAAUAUCCUAAGCACUUUCAUUUACAAACGCUUUUAGUCGCUAGCACCUAAAAAUGUAGCCGUAACAUAAUAAUAUUGCUGAUCCUUGAACUGUCCAAUACAUAUGUCGUUGUAACAAGUAUAUAGUAUACAAGUUGCGUUGUUUGUUGUUGAGUAGCCACUGGCUUUUUGUACACGAAUUGAACUUAAAUGUAAAUAAAAAUAACUUAUUGAA